AUGACCCAGGGGAAGGUCUCUGUGAACAGCAAACCCCCCAGCUCUGAGGGGCAGGGGGCCAAGAAGGAGAAUGCCACAGCCCCACCAGCUCCUCCCACCUAUGAGGAGGCCACAGCAGGGCAAGGGAUGAAGUCUGCUGCUUACUCUCCUCCCCCCUCGGUCCCACUUCACCCCAGCUGGGCUUAUGUCGACCCCAGCUCCAGCCCCAGCUAUGGCAGUGGAGGCUACCCAGGGGACACUGAGCUGCUGACCACCUUCAGCUGGGACGACAGCACCGUGCGCAGGGUCUUCAUCAGGAAGGUUUAUGCCAUCCUGAUGGUGCAGCUCUUGGUCACUGUGGUCAUUGUGGCUUUCUUCACCUUCUGUGAGCCAGUCAAGGGCUACAUCCAGACACACUCUGCCUGGUACUGGGCUUCCUAUGCUGUCUUCUUUGUGACCUACUUGAUCCUUGCUUGCUGCUCUGGACCCAGGAGACACUUCCCAUGGAACAUGAUCCUGCUGAGCAUCUUCACACUCUCCAUGGCUUAUCUCACUGGGAUGCUCUCCAGCUACUACAACACCAAGUCUGUGCUGCUGUGCCUGGGGAUCACAGCCCUGGUCUGUCUGUCUGUCACCAUCUUCAGCUUCCAGAGCAAGUUUGACUUCACCUCCUCCCAGGGAGUGCUCUUUGUGAUGCUCAUGGUGCUCUUCUUCGCUGGCAUCCUCCUGGCUGUGCUUCUGCCCUACCAAUAUGUCCCCUGGCUCCAUGCCAUCUAUGCCCUGCUGGGUGCCAUCAUCUUCACCAUGUUCCUGGCCCUGGACACGCAGAUGCUGAUGGGCAGCCGCCGCUACGCCCUGAGCCCCGAGGAGUACAUCUUUGGAGCCCUCAACAUCUACCUGGACAUCAUCUACAUCUUCUCCUUCUUCCUCCAGUUCUUUGGCUCCAGCCAGGAGUGA